AUGGAACACGUUCUCCUUUUCUUGAAUGAUAUGCGCGAGAAAGCGCGUAGGAAAGGCGGAAACCUUUAUGAUAUGUUUGAAGAAUAUGAUCCAAAACAAACAGGUCUCAUAUCAUUUACAAAUUUCCGUAAAUUACUCGCAAAUAUAAACCUCUUUGUCGAUGAUGAAAAAUUCGAAUUCAUUACAACACCAUACUCAGAGGGCACUAACUUCUACUAUGCUGUGUUCCUCCAUGAUAUGGAAGAUGCAAAAGUCGAUAAAACUAAUAAAACAAUCUCGAUUGAAGAGCUUCGUCAAUUCGGAUCAACAUUCCGUGAUCAAGGAACUGAUGUUGCAGGCUGUUUAAAGCUUUACGAUCGUCAUCAUACUGGAAGAGUUGAUCCUCAAGUAUUCUUCAGAUAUGUAAGUAAUACUCCACUCGCUCAAAAGAUUGCUGCUGAAUAUAUGAACUCAGCAACACGUGAAAUUGAGUACAUGAGACUAAAUCAAGAUAUUCAAAACGCAUUAGCUCAAAAACCACCAUCAACACCACGCAUUGAUUCAUCUCAGUUACCAGCAUUCUUCCCAGAUCUCGCAAAAUGGAUGAAAUCUCAAGCAAUCGACCCAGUUCAAUUAUUAAUGCGCUAUGAUCGCUAUAAACGCAGACAAAUACCAACAGCACAAUUCCUAUCAGAAGUUGCAAACUGGGGUGUACCAUUGAAGCCUCUACAAUUAAAUGAACUCGCUGCAGCUUUCGAUUAUCAAGGACAGUUCGAUUAUAUGGCAUUUGCUGACGAAAUACAGAAAAUACAAACCACACUUACUAAGCCUACAUCAGCCAGAAAGCCAGUUAUCGAUCUAAAUGAAAUUCUUAAUCGUCUUACAGAAUUUAUUCAAAACAGACGUCCAACACUUGUUGACCAGAUCGAAGGCUUUGAUAUCAGACACAAUGGAACAGUUCCUUCUCAAAGAUUCUUCAGGGUUCUUACAAAUUCCGGAUUCAGCCUUACAAACGACGAAUGCGGAGUUAUUGAGAACGAAUUUGGCGAUAUCAAUGGUAAUAUCGAUUAUAACAGAUUCUUCUCCCAAGUUAUGCCGAAAUCUGCUCCACAAGCUAACCCAGAUGAGAUUGUUAUCCGUCUCAACAACUUCUUAAAGGCCAAUAAAAUGCAAUUGAAGCCUCGCCUUGAGAGAUUCGAUAACACAAGAAGCGGAAGUGUUACAUUUGCUCAAAUGUCAGCCGCUUUCAGAGCAAUCGGCUUCGAUUUGACAGCACCUGAACAGUCAGCCUUGAAAGCUGCCUACGGACAUGGUCCAGAAGGAAUUGUUGAUUAUAUCGAUUUUUACGAUCUUGUAGAUCCGAAAUUCGAGAAGCCAAAGGAAGAAAAACUCGAACCACUUCCAAGACACGAUAGAAAUGAAGAUGCUUCGAUCUCUUUGGCCGCAAUGACGAAGAUUGCCGCAAUUUGUGACAGAUAUCAACACAACCUCAGUGGAGAGUUCCGCAAAUACGACAUGAAGAACAACGGCCUUAUUUUGCCUGAUGCUUUCCGUUGUGUUAUCCAAAAUCUUCCAAUGAGGGUCGAAGACAACGAAACAGAAGUAUUGACCAAAUUCUAUACUUCGGCCGGUGGAUACGUUAGCUACGAACAAUUCUGCCAGGAUAUGGUCGAUUUCGGUUCAAAACGAAUUAUGCAGAACCCAAAGAUCCAAACGGACCUUCUUGCACAGGAAAAGACCAAUUCCCAGAACGUAGACCUCGUCCUCCACAAGCUGAAGAUAUUCCUGAUGAAUGGAAGAAUUUCUCCUGAUACAAUUUUCCUUCCUUACGAUGCUUCAUCAUCUGGUCUCAUUCCUCGCAGCCGCCUUCAACCAAUUCUUGAAGGAAUUGGCUUCCCUGGCCUUCCUUCCGACUUCGCAGUUCUUGGAAAAGCAUUUGCCGAUCCAAGACUCCCAGAGAAGCUGAACUACAAGAAACUAUGCCAGGAAAUUAAUGCUAUUAACAUUGAUCAGAGAGAAUUGGCUGAAACAAGGGUAGAUAACCUUUCUGAAACUGUUGCUGAUGCAUCUACUUUGAGAAUUAACUGUAUGAUCAGAGAAAAACUCGCUGAAAGACAUAAGAGAGUCAGACAGCCAUUCUCUGGUGUUACUUCUCAGUUAAUGAGUCAAAGAGAUUUUAGAAGAUGCAUUGAAUCAUAUGGAUUGGUUAUCAAAGAGGCUGAUAUGCAGAACAUUAUGAGAGUUUAUAAGAGAAAUAUGAAUGGUGAUAUCGAUUGGAACAGAUUCUGCACUGAUGUUGAAAAUGCAAAUGUUAUUCAUUAA